CAAUGAGAUUGGGGGAUGGAUUGAUUUUGGUAUAUUCAAGAACAUGUCAUCUCUGCAAAUUUUGUAUCUAUGGAACAAUAAAUUCACGGGGAGCCUUUCCAAGGAUGUUGGGAAUCUUACGAUGCUGUUAGAGUUGAAUCUUUCGUACAACAAUUUUACAGGUGUUAUACCCAGAGAAAUCGGCCAACGUCUUCAGCAACUGCAGAUACUCAGAUUGGGAAUGAAUAUGUUAAGUGGUUCAGUUCCACCUGAGAUAUUCAACAUCUCAACUCUCACAUCUCUUUCACUCACACAAAAUGCCUUCUCAGGCCUUCUUCCAUCCAAUUUCUGCACCGCCUUUCCUCUUAUCGAGGAGCUUUACCUCGGAAUGAAUCAGUUUACCGGCCUAAUACCCGACUCCGUUUCCAACUGUUCUCGACUCAAAGAUCUCGAUCUCAGCCUCAACAAAUUUACCGGCCUUGUUCCUCACUCUCUUGGAAGCCUACCAUUCCUUGAGGUAUUAAAUUUGUAUGGCAAUAAUCUAGCCAUUGCUUCAUCUUCUUCAGAACUCAGCUUCAUCACUUCAUUGACGAGUUGCAGAUCGUUAACCUUCUUGGGAAUUAGCGGAAAUCCAUUCGAUGGGACUCUUCCAUCUUCCAUUGGAAACUUAUCUUCCAAACUAGAAAAGUUCUCUGCAUUCGAGGCCGGAUUGAAGGGUGGAAUUCCUGCUGAGAUAGGCAACUUAACCGACUUGAUUCAACUUCGUUUGGAUGGAAAUCAAAUGUCGGGUAAUAUCCCUCUCAGUCUGAAGCAUUUGAGCAAGCUCCAAGGCUUGUAUUUGCACAACAACAACUUCAAAGGCUCUAUUCCAGAUGGUAUCUGUGAUAUACACAGCUUGUCAGACUUGGGUUUGAGUGGGAAUCAGUUGUCCGGUGCAAUACCAAAGUGUUUAGGAAAUUUUACAUCCUUACGCCAACUUUUUCUAGAUUCUAACAAGCUGGUAUCAACCAUACCAUCUGGCUUGUGGGGCCUCAAAGAUUUGCUUGCGCUGGACUUAUCCUCGAACUCGUUGUCUGGAUUCUUACCUCGGGAGGUUGGUGAUCUGGUAGCAGCGGUUUACAUAAAUCUAUCGAUGAAUCAGUUGUCGGGGUCUAUUCCAAGCACGGUUGGAAAUUUGCAAAAUUUGAUCAAUUUUUCUUUGUCACAUAACAGCUUUGAUGGCUUGAUCCCAGUGACAAUUGGUAGCAUGGUUGGUUUGGAAAAUCUUGACUUAUCCUACAAUAACCUCUCUGGUUCAGUGCCAAAAUCUCUUCAGAAUCUUCAACAUCUCUACAGCUUUAACGUCUCUUUCAAUGCUUUAAGUGGAGAAAUUCCGAGUGAUGGCCCUUUUAUGAACUUUACAAUGGAGUCAUUUAAAGGUAACCAAGCACUGUGUGGAGUUCCAAGGUUUGGAGUCUCACCUUGUCGCGUUGUUGCCUCCACUCGUGGAUCUAAGAAGACGAAGGUGAAAUUUGCUUUCUUCGUUCUUGGUGGAGUUUUGGCUUUUGCAACGAUUCUGUGUGUAGGCUUUGUUUUCCUCAGACACAAAAGAAGGAAAGAUAAAGCUAUUACAGCACAAGAAAAUGGUGGAGUUUUGAAUAUUGUAAUUCAAGGAAUAUCAUAUUUUGAACUCUCAAGAGCUACUCAACAUUUCAAUGAGAGCAACUUACUAGGCAUUGGAGGUUUUGGUUCUGUUUAUAGAGGAAUUCUUGGAGAUGGGAAAGCCAUUGCUGUGAAGGUGUUCAAACAACAAUCUGAAGCGGCGUUUAAGAGCUUCGAUGUUGAAUGUGAAGUUCUGCGCAAUAUUCAUCAUAGAAAUCUGACAAAAGUCAUAAGCAGCUGCUCGAACGAAGAAUUCAAGGCUUUAGUACUUGAAUACAUGCCAAGAGGAAACCUUGAGAAAUGGUUGUAUUCACACAACUAUUUCUUGGAUUUCACACAGAGGUUGAAUAUAAUGAUUGAUGUGGCGUUGGCAUUGGAAUAUCUUCAUCAUGGCUAUUCUACUCCGAUCGUUCAUUGUGACUUGAAACCGAGUAAUGUCUUGUUAGACGAAGAGAUGGUUGCUCAUGUGAGCGAUUUUGGUAUAUCGAAACUAUUAUUGGGCAAGGAGGAGAGCCUUGUGAUUACACAAACUCUAGCAACACUAGGCUACAUUGCUCCAGAGUAUGGUUUUGAAGGGAUCGUCUCGACGAGAUGUGAUGUCUACAGCUACGGUGUGAUGUUGAUGGAAACCUUUACGAGAAAAAAACCAAGCAACAAUAUGUUUGGUGGAGAUGUAAGCUUGAAGGUGUGGAUUGAAAGGUCAGUUCCAGAAUCAACAUAUAGUGUGAUAGAUGCCAACUUAGUAAUGGAUCUUGACGAGGAAGAUGUAGACAAAAUUCUUAAAUCAACAUCUUCCAUAUUUGAGUUGGCUUUCAAGUGCACUGCAGAAUCUCCUUAUGAUAGGAUUACCAUGAAAGAAGCUCUAGCGGAGCUGCACAGAAUCAAAGGUCGCGCAUACUAGGUGAUUCGAACUCCCAAUCUACUGGUCAACGGAAAAACAUUUUACUAAAGGAGUUGCAUUCCAUUGUCACAAAAUAUAGUGUGUUAAUUUAUAACACUAUACUAAUAU